AUGACCUCCAACCUCGAAAAAACCGUCCAAGCCGCCAUAGAAACCGGUAUCCUGUCCGGCGCCGUCGUUCAUGCAGCAACCAAAGUAGGCCUGAUAUACUCUAAAUCAUUCGGUUAUCGCAGCCUAGAACAAGGGGCACCAGCAGUACAAGUGGACGAUAUAAUGGCCUUAGCUAGUGGAACAAAACUGAUUACUUCUGUUGCUGCAAUGCAGAUUGUUGAAAGAGGGCUUGUGGGAGUUGAUGAUGAUUUGGGGGGUGUACUUCCUGAGCUGGGAGCCCUCAAGGUUUUGAGAAAGGUGGAUGCUGGCAAAGAAGAGGAAUGGGUGCUAGAGGAGAGGAGGGAGAAGAUUACCUUACGACAACUCCUCUCCCACUCAUCCGGCCUAGCAUACGCAUUCUUGUCUCCCACAAUCCAAGCCUACAACCAAUCCAAAGGAAUACCAGAAUUCCAAUCCUGGGAAACAGUCACAAAAUCCUUCUCGGACCCUCUCAUUGCACAACCAGGCACAAUCUGGUGCUACAGCUCUGGUCACGAAUGGACCGGAUACCUCAUCAGUCGUCUUACAGGACAAAGUCUAGAAGAAUACGUACAGCGAAACAUUGCAUCGCCACUCGGUAUACGGGAUAUGACAUUUUUCCUUUCCAAGAAUCCCAACAUUAAUCCCGCAAAGAUGGUGUCAAUUGUUCGUCGAGAUCCCUCCAUACCGGAUGGUAAGGGGAAAGUCAUCCCAAACACAAGACCACAUUUCCUAGCACUAGCAAAGGAAGAAAUGGGCGGUGCGGGAUUAUACACUUCUAUGGCAUCCUACAUCAAGAUCCUGCAUAGUCUAUUAGUCAACGAUGAGAGACUUCUCAAACGUGAGACUGUGGAUACGUUGGUAUUUGAGCCCCAAUUGUCACCAUUCGCACAGAAGGAUCUGCAGAAGUUGUUUAGUCAUAUUGCGCCUGGAGAGGAGAAAGCUACACCGCCGUAUAUUGGCACAUUCACACAAGUGAGGUAUGAUCAUAGUUUAGCUGGGAUGUUGAAUCUAGAGGAUGUCGAUUCGGGGGGAUUGAAGUGGAGGAGAAAAGGGUUUUUGUUCUGGAGCGGGAUGCCGAAUAUUUUUUGGUUUAUUGACCGUCAGGCUGGAUUAUGUGGUGUUUUUGGGACUCAGUUGUUGCCCAAUGCGGAUGAGGAGACUCGAAAGCUGAUUCAUGUGUUUGAGAAGACGAUGUAUAGAGAGUUUGCUUCGCAGUGA